UUGUAUAACUAGUCUUCAGAUAGGGCUCUUAGUCCUUCUCCGCUACUUUUUCCCCUUUAUAUGUCUCGAAAAAAAACGUCUUAUCAUUUUUUUUGGUCCAAAUACUCGACUCCUUUUGCAACCAGGCCGCGAGACAUUACCGAUCACGCUGUCUCAACGUCAAAUAUGGACUGUCACUACUUGCCCUCACCCUCCUCAUCCAUAUCUAACCAGGAAAUUUUGAUUUCCUCUUUUAGCUAAGGCGAAAAUGUCAAUGCUGAGUUCUCAAUGGGUGGAUUCACAAUCCUCACCCGUAAGCCCAUCAUCAUAUCAUCAAGUUCGGGAGGAUCCGUCAAAUAUGCCAGUAGAGGCAGAUUCUCUGGAAUACGAAGUGGACAUGAUUGCUGAGCAACAAUUUCCGCAAGUAGAAACUUCUGAUGAUGGAACUUACGUCACCAAAGAUAGCGAUAUCUCACAACCGGACAGUAAUUCAAAUGCACAGGAGGAAGAUCAACCAACUAUGGAAGGGGAUGACUACGAUUCAUCAGGAGAUUCCCCUAUACCGGAAAGACCAAACAGAUACCUUGGCCCUCCAUCAACAUGGCGUGCGAAGACGCGACAGGAAAGGAACGAAAUAAGUUCUUUGGAAGCGCUCCGUGCCAGAGAUCUAUCUGUUCAUCUAUUCAACGCGUUCGCACUCAAAAGGAGAGCGAUAGCAAUCAAGGCUCAAAAGCCAGAGCAAGAUCAAAAGCAACGGUCUAACGACGAAGAAGACGGGUGGCUAUCGUCGAAAUUCAUGCCGACGAAGCAGUGGACUGCAUGGCCUCUACAUGCAGACGAGGUGCCAAGAGGAGAUUCACAUGUACUGAAAGACGACUCUGACAUCUGGAAUGUGGCCGGUCCAUCCGACGGACGUCCUAGUGCAGAGCUAGAAGAGUGCCUCAUGGCCCAGAUGUUGAAAACUGCUAAGGAAAGGUUCGAAGCGCGAGCGUGGGACAACAGAAGGCCUCGUGCUCGCCAGAGGUCCAAAGGAAUGGCUUCUACAACUGAUACGGGGGGUGCCAUAAGCACGGGUAUGGAAGAAUCUGAUGACGAUGUUGGCAUACAUGCAGAACCUCAACUCCGGCCGGUCGUCCAGGCGGAUGAUGACAAGUCGAGAUCGAUACUCCGGCCAACAGCACGGCACAUUCUCAGCGACUUUGAUAAUAUCCUUAUGAGCUUACAUCACGCCCGACAAGCCUAUGUCUCAACUAUAGAUUUAUCUCAGAGCGAACAUGAAACGGAAGCUCAGGAGGAGUUAACUUUGAGACCCGUGUCAAGAUCGCGCGCUGUAUCGCUCAGCAGCAUGUCGGGCUCCCGAAGAAUAAAACGAUCACGCCAUUUGUCUUUGAGCAGGGACCCUCCCGCUACAUCGGACCAUGAAGGAAACAUCGAACUAUCCGAUGCGUCUAAUCGUAAAUCACGUGUGUCGAAUCGCCAACGGACAAGGUCGGGUACUCCUCGGCGCUCCCGCAGCCGAUCUCCUGGUUCUAGAGAAUCCAAAUUGGGCCUACGGGAUUGGAGUGAUAUUGUUGGUAUUGCUUCAAUCUCCGGGUGGCCAGCAUCGGUUGUUAUGCGAACGGCGAAGCGCUGCUCCGAACUAUUUAAGGAAGAUAUGGCAUUCAGAAAGCUAAACGAAGGCCAACUGGAACUAAACGAAGGGAAUGAAAAUGGCUUGCCUACGUGGGACUAUGUUGAGGAGGAAGGAUCGGGGGAGUCUAGAUCAGAUUUUGAAAUUCAUAACAUUACCAGCCGUUCCCGGAAAAGAGGACAGGGCUACGGUUGGGAGAUUAACUGUCCCGUGAAAGGCUGUUCUCGCUCGACGAAAGGGUUUUCAAGGACUUGGAACUUAAACCAGCACAUAAAAAAUAAACAUCCUAGUCUUGCCCUUAAAGGUCGUCCAAGCAAGUCCGCACCGCUAACUAAAGAAUCUAAGUGAGAGACGGAAUACUAUUGUGCUAUCUAGUCCAUUCGUGUGACUAUCGGAGUUUGAAAACCAAAUCAGGCCAACGAAGACUGAGGGCCACAUAAUCAUAAUCGCAUUACCCAGACGUAUUAAAUACAACGAAGCAAUGGUAUCAGAUCUGAUACGCCCCCCUCCCCGCCUCCCCGGAAAAGAUAUCGAUGUUUAUUAAGCAGGAAUACAAGGUCGUGGAUAAUUGUUGUUUGUCGUGAACGACGCGCACUGAGCUUUUGUAAUUUUUAUGUUUCCUUUGGUCGCAUUUGAGUCCUCACUGCCCCUGAGCCUCCCAAACCUCCUCCCCGAGCACUCUCAGCUCCUUAUCUGGGAUAAGGAUAUCGGCUUCUACUGAUGUUGACGGGUGGCGAAGCAUCACCCUAUCAAACGGCAAUCUCAGCGGUGCGCCCGUGGUGAUUACCGAUCCAUCCGCUUGUCUAACAAUGCUGGCCUCUUGCAUGAAUUUGGUAACCCUUCUAUGCGGGUCUGUUCUGGUCGGGUGAUCGACGGCCUCCCACCUUCAGAUGGCAAUCCCUCUUGUCGCCAUUCUGAAUUGGAAUAGUCAGCGCAAUCUUCACAUCUCCAUCUAAAUUUUCCAGCCACCAACGCGCAUCGGCAUCAACCUGACUCUGGCCCUCUGAAUCUGCAACCUCCACAACCAUGCUUGGCGAUUGAGUCGUUCUACCAGCUGGCAGGGUGCGUGGACUAUUAGAGCAAUCCGGUUGCUUGUCUCUCUGUGGGCCGCGGACUCUGGCGCUGCCUUGCAGGCCCAGUUCCCUCUCAAGGCCCAUUGAUUUGAUGGAAUUUUCUAACAUCCUUUCAAAUACCCGACUGGCUUUCAUGCGGAAGUUAUACCAAUUUUUGGACGAGAAUUUUGAGAGGCCCCAUUCUGUGAUAUGAUUGGUUAAAAAAAUGCACACCACACGUGACCGCCCAUAGAGGAAGCUGCAAUGGCCUGUACUCAGUUCUUCUUUAUUAUUAAUCUCCACAAGAUGUCUGUUUAUUUGCUUGCUUGUUUAUACUGUUUGUACUGUUUGUUUUGCUUUGUGAUGCCUGGUUGUUUGGUGUAUAUUUUGUUGGGUCUCGGGUUGAUCGGCCCUUCUACGAGCAGUGCGCUGGUGGUGACUGAGCUCUUUUGCCCCAGUAGCCUACAUAUUUGUGUGGCAGCAUGUGAGGCCCUACCGGGCCUCGCUUAAGAUAACUACCUAAUUAGACUAAGAUCUAGACCAGUUGCAUAGCGCCUGUACGGGAUGCAGAUACCAACUUAAAGAUGUAAUCAAUCAAUCAAUCAAUCAACCAAGUGGAUUCCUUGCAAGCUAUAGCAAUCAAGCGAGAACCCAGCGCAUUUAGGCUCUGCACAGGUGGGAAGAAGUUGUAUUAAGUCCGCUGUAAAUAUCUUGGUGAUCCAAUAGCCCCCUCGGACGUACGGAAGGAAUCACGUAGGGCCCCAACUCAUCGAUUUCAACUAGACGGCGUAGCAUCCUCAGUAGAAGCAAGAAGCAAACAAAAGACUUGAAAGAAGUUACAACCAUGAAUUGCUAGAGGCCUAUUCAACAUUCCUCCAUAUAUCUUUCUUAAAAUCAACAUCGGUGGCAAGUUGAAUGCAAUAUCAAUUGAGCUCCUAGGC